AUGUCUGAUCAUGACUCUGGCUCUGAAUCUGAAUCUAACAAACAGCCUGCAUUAAAUGAAGAUGAGGUCACUAUCCUGCAGUCCUACAUUGAGCAAUGGGAUUCGGCUGAGGUAUCGGACCGCAACAAGGUCUUGAAAGCAGCUGCAACCAAGGCUCGGACAAAGGCUCCAGUGAUGGGUAUACAACUGCUGAAAGAUCACAAGGCGAUGGGGCAGAGAUGGACCGAAAGAAGUGUUAUAGACACCCUCCGGAAGAAAGAACUAUUAAAAACAAUACAAGACGAGACUGGAGCUAAGCCAGGGACGAAAGAAAUGAUCAACCAUUACACCAAGCAGCUCAACCUCCUCAUUGCAUCCUUGUCCCCAGAAGAACUCAAAGAAGCCAAAGAGACGGCUGAUAUAUGGAACUGUCAGGGUGUUCCGGAUGACGUCAAGUCCGACAUUGCCAGGAAAAAAAGCAAUGACAUGAUUCAUCAUUUCGCAACUGAGAUGUGGAACCGGGCAGGAAUGAGGGUCUUUGUUGUGUCAGCUUGGAAAAAUGAAGAGGGUAAGAUUCAUGUGGCCGGUCACGACUAUAACAAUGAAUAUGGUGGUGCCGAUUCUAUCAUGAAGACUCGCAAAUGGGAUGCCAUCCUGCUGGAAUGGGAUUCAUAUGCAGAGAGCGCAUUUGAUGGUAACUUGGAUGGCAAUGCAGUUGCAACUCGCAAAAAAGGUCGACAGGACAAGACUUACAUCCUUGAUGUUGGAGGUGACAGAUAUCCCAUGCUCCCUGCAUGUGAUUCUAUGGAUCUGGACACAAAGAAAGCUGUUGUGCGCGCAUUUUUGACUUGGCAUUACAGAAAAUGUUGUGGGGAUCCAAAAAUUUCAAUCCCAUGGAAGUAUGUCACUCCUAGAUGCGGCGAGAUCAUUCCGACAGAGUGCCUUCUGGAAGGACACAAUCUCGCAGAGCCUUCAAAGUUAAGGCAGAUCCAUGCCACGGAACUGCUACAGUUCUGGUAUAACCAACAGGAAGAGCGCGAAGAGCGCGUAUUGGAAUUUAUUGGUUGGUGGGACAAUGAUAAAGAGGAUAUGGUGCUUGCUGCAGACAUGGAAGUACCGAUGACAACACCGAGACAGAAUAAGAGAAAGCUCAAGGAGAUGUCAGAUCCGCCAAGGAAGCAGGCAUGUCCACGGCAGCAGUCUCCAGCAGGACAAUCACAAUCUGGUAUCAAUGCUAAGACAAAAAGGGCUGUACAAGAGCCAGAAAUGAACAUCCGACAUGGAACCGCCACUUCAGGUCGUGCACAAAAGAAUCACAAGGUGAAGAGGACAUCAAACAAAGAAUCUGACAAUGCACGAACUAUCAGCGACAAGUCCCUUGCUGAACAAUCCAAUGGAUCGGAGGAUGAUAUUCCUAGUGGCCAAACAGCAAUUGUGCCAAAAUACCAUAGUGGUUGCCCAGUCCUGAUCCCUGGUAGCAAUGACUCUGACAGCAAGGUUGAGGAAAAUAUUCAUGAAAAGUCUGUUAAACCUGCACGAGGCAAAAAGGUUGCAUUUCCGAUCCAGGCCGCUGCUGUUGAUGUGAGAUAA